AUGGCCACACAGAUCGUUGACCACAAUAACGCUGGCAUGAACUUUAUCAGCAGCAAUGAGGAGACACCCGUGGUGUCCAAAUUGGAAGCGACACGUCUUGCACUUGCACAAGAACAAAAGAAGCGCAUCGAUGCCGCUGUGGCGCGUGUCACGAGUAAGAAAGAGAGCGGUAAACGGAAGGGACUGGGAGAGCGUACGGACGCUGUACACCGUACUAAGAAGAGCAAGACAGUCGUGGACGUGACAAACGAUCAAGUUGAUACGAAGAACUCGAUUGCUCGGAGAAUGGUCGACAGAUUCGCAUCGAUGCCAGAGCCUGAACGAGAAGAAGUCACUGAGCAGGAAGAAGAGCCGGUCACACGCUCGGUGUCUGUGCAGCAGUUUGUGGCUCGUUCUGUGAGUGUAAAGGAUGCAGAUUCAUUGGAGACGUCCUCAUGCGAGACGAUGGAAAAGGUGACGAACACGACGACGACGACUAUAGCAAAUGUAGCAGAGGAGAACAGUGUAGAGUCGGAGGAAGAGGUUGCAUUAGUUGAUGAAGAGGAGGCAGAGCAGAAGAAUGAGUGGGACGGACCUACUACGAAUUUUCAUGUAAAGCAACUGGGUCUAGACGAUAACGUCGACAUUUACGCGCCAAUUGCACAGCAGGAGUAUGAUGUACAGCGUGUACGUGAACGUACCAAGUAUAUGCCAAUGGGAAACAGCGGCAAGUUGCUCAAUACGUCGUGCGACUCUGUGGCUGAUUCGGAUUUUUCGUCGAAGGAUGUCCUUAGUCAAGAGAGCGAGAAGUUUGAUGCUGUGCCGCUGCCAGAAGAUAACGAUAGUGAGACUCGAGUUCUUGCCGAAGAGAUGGAAGAAUGUGAACAGGAAUCGGCAAAUGAGACGGCUGAGGUCCACCAGACUUGGGCUAAGCAGGCGUUCAUCUACACACCGCUGUUUAUCCUGGCAAUAGUUUUGCUAGUGUUUGCGCUGCUCUUUGCGAUCGAUUGGUCGCAGAACACAUUUCAGUUUUGCGAGAUGGACGCAGAGAGUACAGAGGGCUCUGAGGAGCUCUUCUCGUGCGCGUCAUUUGUGGAAACGCAGUCGCUAGUCAAAUCGACCUUGCGAAAGACUGCUGAAAAGGUGCAGAAGACAGUGCAGUCAUAUUUCGUGUGA